CCAUUCUCCUGAAAUCCAACCCACCAUUUCUUUCACUAAUCAAUAACAUCAGCAGCCCCUUUUUGUAGUAAUCCUAAAAUAUUUAUCUGAUGUAUAGUCAAAAUGCUAAUAGUCCUUGUAGCACUCACAGUCAGUAGAAACAGCCAAACGUUGUUUUCCACUAAUUUCCAGUUUUGCACUAUUCUAGGCCUUAUUUCCGUUGACUCUGUACAAAACAUUUCCUAUGGCCUUCAACUGAACAGUGCAGUCCAUGACACCCCCUGUCAAUUGGACCUUGACAUCUUGUUCAUCCACACAGAUUCAAAACUCCAGCUCAGGAACAUGGGGGUGUCAGGGUGUGUUGUUCAGUGAUUUGGAAAUGUCUGAAUGGUGCUGGUUCAAGCAAGGGGGGGGGGGGGGGCAGGUUAAAGAUACACCCGUUUUUUUUUUCUUCUGCUCCCUCCCUCUUUUCCUAAUCCUUUCCUCCAGACUUCCUCCCCAAACAGAUUUAGCACCCCUGUCCACCCCCUUCAUCAGCACUCGGUCGCACUCCCAUCGCCUGCGUUUCCUCCCCACUUCCAUACUAACGCACAGAAUCACAGAGGGAGGGAGUGGGCUGCCAACAGCUUAAACAGAAGAGAGCGCCCCUGAAAAGGAACUGACUGUGGGGCCUUUUAAAACAAAUGGACUACAGUGGUGAAGACCUGUCCUUUCUAUUAGACAGCAAGGGACCAGGGCAGCUGCAGUACCCGGAGACCUAUGGAGAACCUCAGAAGGACCUACAGACAUUUGACUCCAAAGGUAACUCUAAUGGAUCGGCCCUACUCAACUUAGAUGCCUUCCCAGAAUUCAGUUGCUGGAUGUCGUCUUAUACCAACACGCCAGAAGCCGUCAAUUCUGAGCAGCCACAAGCUGGGUACCAGGACUCCACCUCAACCUUCCAAAGCUUCACACCACUGUGUCCACCCACCCAAAAUGGGUCUUUUACUCCUGGCUUGAAAAACGUGACGGGUCUCUACAACCCUGAAAAGGAGACAAAUCAUGGAGGAGCAACAGGCACAGUCAAUCUGGAUCACCUCGCAGGUGACCCAGUGAGGAACUAUGGUGUGUACGAAACAGAUGUACAAGGGAGGCCCUCACAGUACUGGACUGCAUACUCCCCUCCCAGUUAUGGCCCACCCUUAUCUGGCCACACUCCAUCUUGUGGUUCCCCUCCUGAACCCCAGCCCUCAGAGCAAUACUGUCCUCGUGUGCUCAAACGUAGAAGUGCACCCUCACACAGACUGGAUAAGGAUGGAGAGGUGACAGGAAUGUCAGCGUAUCCAGGCUCAGGGCCUAUUCAGCUGUGGCAGUUCUUACUGGAGCUCCUUCUGGAUUCGGCCUGUCGCACCUUCAUCUGCUGGACAGGAGACGGCUGGGAGUUUAAGAUGUCUGACCCUGCAGAGGUAGCCAAACGUUGGGGCCAGUGCAAAAACAAACCCAAAAUGAACUACGAGAAAUUGAGCCGUGGCCUGCGCUAUUACUAUCACAAGAACAUCAUCCACAAAACCGCCGGCAAGCGAUACGUCUACCGCUUUGUCUGCGAUGUGCAAGGCAUGCUGGGAAAGACAGCUAGGGAGGUGCUAGCCAGCUUGAACGUCGCCCCACUGAACGUGUCAGCAGCUCCCAGCCAGGUCUUGGGGGCCCCAUCAGUGAAACAGGAGAAGAGCACAGAGACCUGGACUCAUUAACAAACACUUCAAAACAACUUUAAGUCGAGCAGAACUGUGAUCCUUCAGAGCUGUGAACAGCAACCAAUAAUUGUUCUGGAUACACGGCUGUUCUCACUGACCUAACAAGUAGCAACAGCCUCAACCUUACUGUGACUAUUAUCAUUCCAUAAACACUCAGUCACUUGUUUUUGUGUUCUUUAUGCUCUUUCAGAUUGUGGCAGUGUGGCGCCUGUGUUUAUGAACGCAAUGUAAAUGUUCCUGUUAUAUUUAGGUAUGAGCAAGGCUUUAUUUUCCAUAGUAGAAUAGAGGCUCUUGUGGUCCCAGUCAAAUUAGCAUUAAUUACAAGCUUGUUGCUAUCCCAGGAUUUGGUGUAUUUUGAUAUUCACACAGAAGUGUGAACUAUGACCUGUUUAUUUCAUUACCUACCUCUCUUGUUUGAAAUAAAGGCAUCCAUUGUUUGAGGGAAGCCAAUGCUAGCUGUUUCAUCAUGAGAAAAUGUUUCCCAUCUGAGACAUACUUUGUAAAACUGAAAUAUUUGUAAAUAAAUUGUACAUAGA